AUGACUAGCUCGAUUGCAUCCCCAAAUAUUCCAUUCGAUUCAUAUGGUUGUGAUAUUCAGGAAAUGCUUUUGGAAUUCACCAAUGAGCACUUGAAAACGUGCCUAGAGAAUGUGGCGAUAGAGAAAAGCCAUUCGCCAUUUGAAAAAGUUGAUGUUGAUGUCAACGAGCAAUCUUCAAGCAGUAACUCGUUUGAUGAAAGCAAUGAUUUACCUCCUUUAAGUCAAGAAGAACAGUAUUUUGAUUCGAUUUCAAUUUCUGAUACUAUACAAGAGGCAAAAGAUUCUUCAAGAUACUUCUUUGAUGCCCGAUCUUUCUCAACAGAAACAAACGAUUCGGAAGUUUUUAUGGAAAGUGAAUCGAAUAACGACUUUUCGGUGGAAAUCCUCCGUCACGCCGAUUCGGAUGGAUGCACUUUGUGGGUAAUCACAGCUGACGAAAUCUUAUCGGAAAACGCGGAACCAGUUGAGCUUUCUGUUCAGGCUUCACCAGAUUCUCAAUCUCUAAAUGCCUCUUUAUUUCCUAUUGUAAACAUCAUUUCACAUGGUCUUCGCAAAGAAUCUCCAGUCGAUUUCUCUGUUUUUUUUCCCGAAAAUCAAAACUCUUAUUCAACAUUCCCUAAAGAAAGAGGCGUACAAUACAGACCUGUCUCGGUGGCAAUUCCCCUCGAUGCCACCGGGAGCGGA